CAAAUUUUGCAGCUUGAAACCCUCAAAACAAAACGUGAAAAAUGGCGGGCUUUUUGAUGAAACAAAUGGUCGGAAAUCAGCUGAGCGAGGUGACCGGCGGUCUCGGUAUGAAGGACGAUGGUGGUGAGAAGACGGAAACUGGAGAGGAUCCAGAAGUGAUUGCGGCUCGGUUGGAGCAAGAGGAACGGCGUAAGGAGAAGCAUCGGAAGAUGGAGAAUGAGAGAGAAAAAAUGCGUCAGGGCAUUCGUGAUAAGUAUGCUAUUAAGAAGAAGGAAGAGGGUGUUGCUAUGGAUUUUACUGAAGGACGUAUUGGAGGACCCCGCAAGACUCCGGAGGAGAUCGCCGCUGAAAUGAACGCUGAGGACGACAGUCUCAUCGGCCAACUCGGGCUCACGGAGCAAGUCGAAAAAGCGAAAACUAUGGCGACCGGCGCCUUCGAGACCGUCAAGGGAUUCUUCCCAUUUGGAAAAUAAAUUAUGACAAAUGACAAAAAAUUGUCUCUCAAAUUCCAAUUCCUCUAAAAUUUUGCCAAAUUAUAAUAGUUUUUUUGUCCACAUCCGAUUUCUUUUCUAGUCCUGAAAUUUUGCUGUAAAAAAUUCCGUCUGAGAUCUCAUUUUUCACUUUUUUCUUUUGAAAGUUUUUUCCCCAUCGCGCCUGCACUAAGAACCGCAAAAUCUCGAUUUUUAGCGGCGGUGGCGGCGGGGAAAAAUCGAUAAUAACCCUAAAUGUUUUGUGUCCUUGUGUAUUUUCUGUAGAAACAAUGAUUAUUGAUUGAGUAUAAUAAACCUAUUACUCUUGGGAAAU